GGCUUUCUCAGUCUUCCUGUGAUGAAGCAGCUGCAAACAUCUGAGGCAGUGCCUUCCAGGUUGGAAGAGACCUCCAAGCUCAUCCAGUGCAACCUAGCACCCAGCCCUGGCCAAGCAACCAGACCAUGGCACUAAGUGCCUCACCCAGCCUGUCACAAUGCUUAGUUUGGUGUCACAUUGCCACCCUCCAGUCUCUGGGCAGAAAGCAAGCUUCAAGAGAAAGCUAGCGACUGGCCUCCCCGUUCCGGUGUUUACUCCCGUCAGCAGUGACCACCCUCCUGCCGGAGCACCCCGGGCCGCCCCGGCCAGCGCCCCGGCCCCGCCCCGCACCUCGCCGCGAACUCAGCCUCGGCUCCUCUCCUGGCAACAAGUGACGCUCCCCGCGGCGGGCCAAUCGGCUGGCGGCUCGCUGUCGCGGCCAGCCGGCGGCGGGCGCGACGCUCCGGCGGGGUGAGCCCGGCAGCGCGCCCGCUCCGCGCAGCCUGCGCUCAGCGGGAGGAUGGCGCGGGCGGCGAGGCUCCGCUUGGCCUCCUGCGGCCUCGCCUGCCUCUUCUUCGCCUGCCUCUUCGCCUGCUGCGCGGCCCGUCAGCACCCCUCAGGCAGUACUGCUUUUACCAUCCGCCACGACACACUGGACAAGUGCAUGCAGGUGGCAGAGUCUCGGCUGGUGAUAGAGGAGUGCCAGGAGACAAGUGACGCUCUGUGGCAAUGGGUGUCCCAGAAUCGCCUCUUUCACUUGGGCUCCAGGCGGUGCCUGGGGCUUGAUAUCUUCACCAAAUCACUCUCUCGAUUGAAAAUGGUGGAUUGUGACUCAGAACUGAUGCUGUGGUGGCGAUGUGCUGAUGCUUCCAUCCUGGGUGCGUCUCAGUACAAGGUGACUGUCAAGGGCACUUAUGUAACUGCAAGCAUAAAUGCAACAGACCAGUGGAGAAGCAGCCGCUCCUCUGACGAUAUAUGUCAGUAUCCUUACCAUGAAGUUUAUACCAAAGAUGGGAACUCCUAUGGAAAACCCUGUCAGUUUCCUUUUCUCUAUAAUAAGACAUGGCAUCAUGACUGCAUUCAGGAUGAAACACAUCUGGGUGGGAAGUGGUGUGCCACGACUGAAGAUUAUGCUCACGAUGGAAAAUGGGGACUCUGCUUACAGCCAGAGAGUGGUUGUCAUGAUAUGUGGGAACACGAUCCAGGAUCUGAAAGUUGCUACCAGUUUAAUACACAGUCUGCUCUUUCUUGGAAAGAAGCUUAUAUAUCAUGUCAAAGGCAAGGGGGAGAUUUACUUAGCAUCCAAGAUGCAUCUGAAUUAAGUUACAUACAAGCUAAGGAUGGCGUUGCUGAGAUCUUUUGGAUUGGCUUAAAUCAGUUGGAUGUUUCUGGAGGUUGGCAAUGGUCAGAUCACAAACCUUUGAGCUUUCUCAACUGGCAUCCAGAUAUGCAGAGUUUGUCCCCACUGGAUGGGACUAGCUGUGUGGUGAUGAAUGCUGCCUCAGGUCAGUGGCAGAGUUACCACUGUGGAACUCCACUUCCAUAUAUUUGCAAGAAGUCACUAAAUGAAGUUUCAAGCCUCCCAGAGUUUUGGAGACACUUGGAUACUGGCUGUGAUUCGGGCUGGCUUCCUCACCAUGGCUUUUGCUACAUGCUGUUGAACAGCCAAGCAUCUUGGAGUACAGCAGAUGAGCUGUGCAAAGCAAAUAGGAGUAACCUCAUCAGCAUCCAUUCGCUAGCAGAUGUAGAACUGGUUGUUACAAAGCUUCAUAAUGAUGCUAAAGAAGAAGUAUGGAUGGGUCUCAGGAACGAGGAUGUACCAACCUUGUUCAAAUGGUCGGAUCACUCAGCUGUGGAUUUCACUUACUGGGAUCAGAAUGAGCCAAAAGUUCCUUUUAACAGCACUCCAAACUGUGUGUCAUAUUCAGGCGAGUUGGGACAGUGGAAAGUCAAAUCCUGUGAAGAGGAAUUGAAGUAUGUGUGCAAGAAGAAAGGAGAGAUUUUGAAUGAAACCAAAUCGGAUAAAAGUUGCUCAUUGGAAGAGGGAUGGGAGAGACAUGGAAACUACUGCUACAAGGUUUACAAAACAGAAGUUUCAUUUGGAGCACAGUGCAAUCUUACAGUGAUGAACAGAUUUGAGCAAGAAUUUAUCAACAGUCUAAUUAGAAAACACACAAAAGUUGAAGAAAAAUACUUCUGGACUGGUUUGCAGGAUAUUAGCCAAUCAGGAAUAUAUUCCUGGGGUUUAGUGGAUGGAGAGAAAACUGAAGCUGUGACCUACACUAACUGGAAUUCUUUGCAACCAGAGUUUUCAGGAGGAUGUGUGGCCAUGCCCAGUGGAAGGUCUCUUGGAAAGUGGGAAACUAAGGACUGUAAAACCACUAAAGCAUUUUCUGUCUGCAAAAAAUACAUUGGACUGCCUAAGGAGCCAGAAGUGCUCCCAAAGCCAACUGAUCCCUGUCCUCCUGGGUGGCACAACGGAUCUGGCCUCGCCUGCUACAAGUUCUUCCACAGUGAACGAGUGCUGCGAACCAGGACUUGGGAAGAGGCUGAAAGGUUCUGUGAAGCACUCGGAGGUCAUCUGCCCAGUUUUAGUCACUCAGAAGAAAUCAAGGCACUUCAUUCUAUCCUGAGAAAAAUCAUCAGCAAUGACAGAUGGGUAUGGAUUGGAAUGAAUAAGAGGAGUCCAGAUUCUCUGGGAACCUGGCAGUGGAGUGACGAUAAACCUGUAACCAGUGUUAUUAUGCCACUUGAUUAUAUGGAGGAUGAAUAUGACACAAGAGACUGUGCUGCACUCAAGACCUCUCAGUUUUCACGAAGAUCAUUUUGGAGGUUUUACUUCCAUGAAGGCAGAGACCUGGAAUUUUACUUCAAGCCUUUUGAUUGUGAAGCCAAACUUGAGUGGGUGUGCCAGAUAACAAAAGGUAGUACUCCAAAGACACCUGAGUGGUAUAUUCCAGAUGAAAUUGGAAUUCAUGGAGCCCCACUUGUUGUUGAUGGAGCUGAGCUGUGGUUUGUACCAGAUAAAAAUCUGAGCUACCAGGAAGCUAUUUUCUACUGUCAAAACAAUGAUAGUGACCUGGCCUCUGUGGAGUCUUACCCAAAACUCAGGACAAUACUGUCUCAAAUAGAAAAGUUAUCAAACAGUGAACAGAAGUGGUGGCUGAAGUUCAUUGAUUAUGGCUACAGUUACCAUUCGCCUUUGCAGUUAUUUUCACGCUUCCAUGAUCGAUUCCUGAGAGAUUGCUGGUAUGUUUCUAGAAAGAACUGGUACAGAGACUACCCAGUUAACUGCAACAUGAAACUGCCUUUCAUCUGUGAAAAAAACAAUGCCUCCUUACUAGAGAGGCAUGAUCCCAGUUACCGCCCAGUCAGAGGAGGCUGCCCUAAAAGUUGGCUUCAGUUCCGGAAUAAGUGUUUUAUGAAGAUGAAACCUGAAUAUUUAACAUUUAAUGCAGCUAAUGAAAAAUGUGUAACUUUUGGAGGCUCUCUUCCAUCUAUCUCAAAUCAAGCUGAGCAAGAUUAUAUAACAUCCUUGCUGCCUGGUAUGCCAAAAGAUAUUUGGAUUGGCUUGCAGUUUCUGUUCAGCACAAGGGAAAACAAAUGGAUAGAUGAGAGCAGACUCUUGUAUAGUAACUUUCACCCUCUACUGACAGGAAGACUAAGGAAAAUUCCACUGGAUCUUUUUGAUGAAGAAUUCAACAAUCAGUGUGGUGUAAUCCUCAAUGGCCCCAAAUCUCAGUAUGUUGGAACGUGGAAUUUCACUGCUUGUGCUGACAAGCACUACUUGGGUAUAUGCCAGAGGCCUAUAGGAGCUGCUGAUAACCAGACAGAGCAACUUCUUAACGAAACAUUGAGCUACCAAAAUGUUAACUACAUGGUGAUUCCCAAGAAUUUGUCCUGGAAUGAUGCAAUGGCUGCAUGCAUAAAUAACAAGAUGCAGCUGGUUAGCAUCACAGACCAGUUCCAGCAGGCUUUUCUUGCUGUUCAGGCUGCCCUUCGUAAUUACCCGCUGUGGAUUGGACUUUUCAGCAGAGAUGGUGGAAAACACUACGGCUGGCUGGAUGGGGAGCAUGUGAGUUACAGCCGCUGGUCUGAGGAUGAUGAAGAAGCUGGUGAGGAAUGCGUGGUGCUGGAUACUGAUGGCUUCUGGAGAACCUCUGACUGUGCCUCUGAAGAUAGAGGUGCUAUUUGCUACGCCUCAGAAAAGAAGACUGAAAAAGAACAAGUUGCACAAGUUAAAUGCCCACACAAGAUUAAAAAUACACCGUGGAUAUCAUUUAGGAACAAUUGUUACACUUUUAUGGUAACAAAAAACAGAUGGAGAGAGUUGAAGUCCCAAGAAGCUCAUCAUUUAUGCAAGAAAAUGAACCCAGAAGCCUUUGUUCUGAGCGUUCGAGAUGAGGAAGAGAAUAACUUUGUUACUGAGCAGCUUCAUGCAUUCAGUGGCCUGGCUAUGUGGGUCUGGCUGGGUGUGAUUUAUGAUGACAAUGAUAAAGCUCUCAAGUGGUAUGAUGAAACUCAUCUGACUUACAAUAACUGGAGGCUGGGAAGACCUGACAUAAAGAAGAACAGUUUUUUUGCUGGUGUUAACCUGGAUGGGUUUUGGGAUAUUUACAAUUACUCCCAAAGCUGGCAUGCUCAUCACUAUAACGUGUACAGCAUCCUCGCCUGUAAAAUCGAAAGGGGACCCCAGCAGUCCAAGCUUCCACUGCCUGAAUCUAUUCCACAUGGAAACAGAACAUACAGGAUCCUUCAGAAAAAGCUGACCUGGUACGAGGCACUGAGAGAAUGCAAGCAAAAUGGGAGUGAUUUAGCAAGUGUCCACAGUGAAUCACAGCAGUUAUUUCUAGAAGAUCUUGUCAAGAAGGAUGGCUAUCCUCUGUGGCUUGGGUUGUCAAUUCAUGAUGGAAGUAAAACUAAUUUUGAAUGGUCAGAUGGAAGCCAUUUUGACUACUAUCCUUGGGAACUGGAGCACUCAAAUACUACUGAGAACUGUGUUCUGCUGGAUACUAAAGGGUCUUGGAACCGUACAAAAUGCACAGGUGUCGCUGAAGGUGCCAUUUGCUACACCCCUCCAAACAAGAGACAAUUACAGCCAAAGGAAGCAAGCAGAACCCCAGGCUGCCCACAGAUCAGUGACACCCUGCCCUGGGUACAGUACAAGGAUCACUGCUACGCCUUCGACAUGGCCUUCUAUAACUUUUCAGUGUACAGUGUGGAAGAUGCUAAGAAAGUCUGCCAGAAACUGAAUCCUUCAGCAACCCUGCUGACUAUAGUGGACGCUGAAGAAAAUGCAUUUGUGAGCACACACAUAAAGGAAAAUGAUCUCAUCACCAAGAAUGUAUGGCUUGGCCUGGCUCAGAGCUCUAAGGAUCAGUCCCUGAACUGGCUUGAUGGCUCAUCAGUUAAUUAUGUCAACUGGGAAAACAGAAGUGCAGAGAUCAACGAGAAAUGCAGUGUUAUCCUGUCCACAACUGGCACGUGGGCCAAAGUCGACUGCAGUCGUAGUCAAAGCAGAGUGGUUUGCAAAGCUCCUCUAGGUUCUAACCAUACUGGAGUGGCUGUAGCAUUUGCCCUGCUCAUUAUCUUAGUCCUAAUUGUUGGCUUAGUGUGGUACCUGUAUAAAAAGCAGCAUCUUCACUGGAGUGCCUUCUCAACAGUACGCUACCAAAGAGGGAUGAACGAUGAUGAAACAGAUGAUAUGUUCACAAAAGACAGCUAUUGAGGAGCUGUUCCUUCUGGGCCAUUUAGCAUGAACUUCACUGUGUGAAGCCUUAAGGAAUAUGAACUAUUUGAUGUUUUCUUACUUCUUUUUGGAAAAGCAAUAAGAAGGUUAUUCCUGGGGUGGGGGGGGAGGUUUUGGUCUUUUAUAGAAGUGCAAUUUUUACUCAAGUCCACGGUAAUUAAUUACGUUUGACCUCAGCCAUGUGUAAGGUGGAAGGUUUCUAAACUUCUGUGAUACUUUUUCAUCUACCAAGGGUUUUUCUCUUCACCUGAAAGAAGGUUUUAAUGGAAUCAUUAAUGCCAACAGCACUUCAGGCAACAUCACCUUGAUGAAUGCACUCAAAGCCGCUUACAUGAAUUCUCCAUCCUUUGUCCAAUUAUCCAUCAGUAACUUCAUGCCAAAUGGUUUACCAUUCUGAUAUGCUGUAAGGGUUUUGCUGCUUAUGUUAGGUUACCCUGGAGAAGCAAGAAGCAGCUGGAAAUUUUGGUACAGCAGGGGUGAAGGGCCUUACCAGACAAUUAAGAAUUCAUUCCCAUCUAGCUAGCAUGGUAAUGUUUUCUUCUUACAGUGGAGGGAGAUCAUACUGUGAUUGUUUUCCCCUCCCAAACACAUGAAAGCCCCUCUGUGUUGUAGAGGCCAGACAAGAAUCUCUCAGAAUGUAGUCAUGGGGAAAUACCUUACACUAAAGCCAUACCAUCUAGGAGGAAAUUAAAUACACCGAGAUUGUUUGAAGCCUGAGACUGUGGCAAGCUAGCAGAUCACUGCUCUUAUCCCCUAAGGUGGGGCUCAUGAAGAUAACCCGUUAAGGGCUAACUGCAAACACAAGCACAACUCAAGAUACAAUUGAAAGCCUUAGCCCUCUGAAAGCCAAGGCACGAACGUUUCAUCCUGCGACAGAACUGCUCCUUAAGCAAAGUGGUUGUUCUGUUGCAUUUUAACAGCUCCUUUCACAACGUUCUGAAAGCACAAAACAGCAGAAAUUUUUACAGUGAAAAUCAGCAUCUGAACCUAAGCAUUAUCAAAUAAGAUGAUAAAAAACUGCACUGGGAGAAGUUUUUUAGAGAAAGAAACACACCACACUCUCUUCUGCAUCCUCAGACUACUCCUAAAUUAGACUGGAAUGAUUUCCUUGUAGAUUAAAACACCAACAUGAUUUCCUUGUAGAUUAAAACACCACC